AUGCUAGACAGGUCUUUCAAAAUAAAAGACCUUGGUAAUCUAAGCUAUUUUCUGGGAAUUGAAGCUUUCAGGACCCCCAAGGGCAUUAACAUUUGUCAGAGGAAAUAUGCCUUGGAGAUCCUACAAGAGAAUGGGUUCUUGGAAGCAAAGCCUGCAAAGACCCCAUCUGUUCCAGGGCAAAGACUCACUAACCUGGAAGGAACUCUACUUGAACAGCCUGAAAUCUUUAGAAGAUUGGUUGGGAAGCUCCUAUACUUAACCAACACUAGGCCAGAUAUAACAUAUGCUGUCCAGCAGUUGAGCCAAUUUGUUGACAAGCCAAGAGAUAAUCAUUUGGUUGCAGCUCACAGGGUGCUGAGAUAUCUCAAGGGUUCACCUGGAAAGGGUUUGUUCUAUUCCUCAAAUCCUCACAUUAAACUACAAGGAUUUUCUGAUUCAGAUUGGGCAACUUGCACAGAAAGCAGAAAAUCUAUAACUGGCUAUUGUAUCUAUCUUGGGAACUCUUUGAUCUCAUGGAAGACCAAGAAACAAGCAACUAUAUCUAGAUCAUCUUCAGAGGCAGAGUACAGGGCAUUAGCCUCUACAACAUGUGAAAUACAGUGGCUUAUAUACUUAUUAACAGACCUCAAGGUAGAAGUGAACAAUCCUGUAGCCUUGUUUUGUGACAACACUUCAGCCAUUGCCAUUGGAGAGAACCAUGUGUUCCAUGAACGAACAAAACAUAUAGAGAUUGACUGCCAUGUGGUCAGACAGAAAGUUCAGGAAGGGGUGAUUAAACUCCUAGGAAUCAACUCCCACAAUCAGAUUGCAGAUGGCUUCACUAAGGCAUUGUCUAAACCAUUGUUUGAUGUGUAUCAUGCUAAGCUGGGCCUUCAAGAUCUUCACGCUCCAGCUUACGAGGGGUUGAUGAAAUUGAUUUCACCGCACGUUACGUUACAGUUGAAAAUUGAAACCUUUGCUCAACCAAGGAGAAAAUGGGCAGAUGGUUUCUUCUCUCUGCGUAUUUCAAGCAUAGCUAAUGAUAGGUGUAUGGCGCAUUGGCGCCACUCUUUUACUCAUUAUAUUGGUGAUUCGGCGAAUAACGUGACUGCUCAUACCUGGUUGCCUGACACUGGUGCAACACAUCAUGCCACACCUGAUAUAGCUGCCCUCUCUACUUCUGAAGAAUAG